AGAAAACGAGAGCGAGUGAGAAACUGAGAGCCAGAGUGAGAGAUAAAGAGGAAGUGUCUGUAACCCGACGGUAAUGACGGACGCGCUGACGGAGGUGGCGGGGUGUAUAUAUUAAAACUGUGCGGACACCUUCUGUCACACUCAAAAGUGUUAGCGUCUGCACACCCGCCGCGCACACACGCAACCUGCCGCACGCUCCCGCUACCCGUCGCCGGCGACAGACAGAAAGGCAGAGGAGUUGGCGCAGAGGCGUUCGGUCUCUUCCAUCCUGGGCUCUUCUGCUCUCGUCCUGAACAGAUAAGGAUGCCCGCGUGGGCGGACGGCGCGUAGCGCGGGCCCCAUCUUUACCUCUCAGCCUCUCAGACAGUUUGCGCUUUUUUCUUUUUUUUUUUCUUUUGAUCCUUUCCGUUACCCGCAACGUGAGAGUUUCUCACCUCCCUCUCUCUCUCUCCGUCUCUCUCUCCCUCUCUCAUUCUCACUCUCUCGCCCGCGUGGUCGCCCGUCGUCUUUGGAGCCCCUCGAGAGUCUCGUCCGAGCGGAGAUCCCGUCGUUCCGCCGACCGCCUCGCUCUCUGUCUCCGUGACGACCCCUGACCCUUCGUCCCCGCGCCGCGCCGCUCCUCGUCCUCUGUCUCCGUGGCGACCCCUCAGCCUCCGCCCCCCGUGCCUCCCCGCGGAGCGGCGCCCGCCAUGCGUUCCUCCGACGCGGCCGAGGCCGGGAUGGUGUACCCCUCGGUGUUCGUGGUGGACAGCCAGGCGGGGUACCCCCUGCCCGGCAGACCGUACCCCCGCCGGGGUGGCCCUGUCCAGUGGCCCCUGUACCUCCUGAUGUCCCUGGCACUGUGUGGCAUGGCUGUGGAAGCCUGCUUCAUAUACCACCUGUACACCACCACCAGACCUCCGAGUGAUGUUGGACAGAUGGCCAAAAUUUCACAGGACCGAGCUGAGACUGAAAGUCUGCCAGCAAGACAAAUUAACCCGGCGAUGAAGCCAUCGAAACCUACAGCACACCUGACAGUCGGGCGCAUCCGCCCUCGUGCUGAUGGAAUCAUGCUGUGGAACACAGAAGGUGGCGCCAUCACCCACGAGCUGGACUACAAGGACGGUGGCCUGCAGGUCCAAAAGGAGGGGUUCUACUUUGUCUACUCCAAGCUCUACUUCGUGGAGCCCAGAUGUGCCAUGUUCACGCACUCGGUCUUGCGGAGAACAUCGCGGUACCUAGGGGCCGAUCUGCAGCUCAUGGAGUCCAGAAGGUACCAUUGUACCGGGUCCGCCAGGGAACUACUGAGCAGCUACCUGGGUGGCGUUUACCACCUGUUCAAAGGUGACACCAUCCUGGUUAAAGCAGAGAACCAAACGCUGGUCGCCCUUCGAGGCUCCUAUGACAACUUCUUUGGAGCGUACAUGAUUUAGGAAGGAGCUGAGUUAUGCAAAUCACGAAAGCCAAGCCCUGAAUUCGACCAGUUGCGCGUUACGCUGUCGCAUCAUUGAAGCAAAUUCAUAUCAGACAACAUGCUGCACACCACUAAACCAAAUAUAAUAAUGUCAUACAUUGUUACAUUUUUUCUAAAGAUGAAAUUUGACAUCAAAUCACAUUGCUUCAAAAUUAAAUAUUUCCAUAAGGAAACUUAAAACAAUUUUUAAAAAAUUUGGUGGGGUGUCUGGGUAGUGUAGAGGUAAAAGCACUCUCCUACCACCGCAGAGACCCGGGUUCAAUCCCCGGCAGCGGUACUUCUGGCUUGGUCAGACAUUCCUACAAACACAAUUGGCAGUGUUCGCUGUGAAAAGAAGCAACUGGCGACUCCACAUGUAUCGGAGGAGGCAUGUGGUAGUCUACGCCCUCCCCAGACCAACAGAAGGACAGCGCAUCGACCAGGAGCGUGAUACACAUGGGGAAUUGGUAUAACGACUAAAUUGGGGAGAAAAUGGGAGAACAGUGGCAAAAAAUAAAAUCAGUCAACAAAUGAACCUUAACAUACAUAACAAAAUAAGCACACACACACACACACACACACCCUGUGCUCAUUUUUAGAGCUGUGUGUCAUUCCACAUUCAGACUGUGCUCCCUCUCCUUGGAUAAGUUCUGUAAAUAUAAAUACCCUUCAAAUGACAACCACAACGACAGAAAUAUUCCUGUUGUUGCUUUUUUUUCUUUGUUAUAUAAUUGUUGUUCUUAUUGUUUUUGUUCUUCUACUUAUUAUUAUUAUUAUUAUGACCCAGAAACAGGAAGAAGGGGGAAAUAUUUGCAAAUCCUCAUUUGAAUGUAUUAGUUGCUGAGAUCUAUGUGAUUGGGGGCAGUUUGAAUGUGAACAACCUUUCAUUCCCUUAUAUUUUCUCAUCUAGUUCAGUUAACCGUAAAAAAAAGCUAUUAUAGUGAUAAUUUAAAAGACCUAAUAAAGAAAUGCGACCUUCAAAGGUACCUGCUAUUCAAGCUUCUCAGGAAAGCCAAACACUGGUAAGAGAAAGGAAACAUGGCAGAUUCCCAAUGUAAGAUAACGUAAGUGAAAAUGAGGAAAUAUGGGUCCCUGGACAAAGGUGAAAUCCUGCCCCAGUUCAGCACUGUGACACCUCCAGGACCAAGGCUGAGUGGCCCUGCAGGUAUGGUGGCACUCAAUGAUCAAAUUAAGAUAACACAUUGUUAAAAUGUUACAAACAAGCAUUGUGACUGUAGUACAUACUGUGUAUUAUAUAUUUUUUACUUAUACUAGAUUUUGUUCAUAUGUGCAAAUACAAUUGAUUAAUCCUUAAUAAAAAGUUAUUUACAAAAUGA